UCCAGGCGCGGAGAUUAUUAGUAUAGUUUACGGGUCGGUAGCCGAGUGCCAGUGGACUGAGUGUUUUAUUUGCCUACAAAACAGGCAUACGUGGCAGACAGCGUGUGUGUGUAUGCGUGACCGGAGUAAUGUUACUCUGCCACGAGACUGGAGAGAGUAGAAAAACCCGCGGGGCUGAUAUAUGUAAAGUAGUAAUUUGCAGACUGGGAACAUUUGCUGUUGUUAUCGUGUUUCUUAAAGAACAUGAGGUUAUUUCAUUUGGCAAGGAAAAAUCAUGAUUGAUGACAGACAGACUAUUGCAUCAUCUUUGAUUUCUUUAUUUUUUGCAUGAACUAAAACGUGGAAUGUGGAACUGUGAGACAUUCAGUGGCAGGAAAGAAAAGUGUUAUCUGCCACGUGUUGUGCUGACAAUCAACUCAAGAUCAGAGCGGAUGAACCAUCGCAACUUCUCUUCAUCCACUCUGGUAACACUGCGAUUUAAAGUUAUUUCCUUUAAAUCACAGGCGACUCCAGUCAUGAGCACAAGAUAGUAAAAGACUGUCCGGGUCUUGUUUUCACUGUUAAGUGUGUUUGUUAGGGACCGUGCAAUCACAUGCGCUGGGGAAUAAAAGAUAAUUGAUGUUUACGCUCAUCCUGCGUUCACAGCUCCUCGUGUGAGUGUGUGUGUGUGUGUGUGAGAGAGAGAGAGAGAGAGAGAGAGAGAGAGCGCCACCGUGCGGAUCGUUUUAACUGAGUUACAAGCUGUUGAGUUGGCUGUUAUUUUACGAUGUCAACAACACUUGCAACCCUUUCAUGACAGCACUACAGCCGAGGUAGAAAGUACAUUUACUUGAAAAGGUUACAAGAUCAAAACACAGUUUUGCGGUACUUUGCUUAGCCACUUUUGCUACUUUUUACAAUUUAGACGGGGAUUUUAAGUACAUUUUGCUGAUAAUAAUACUUGAUUGCAGAAAAAGAGAGUAUAUUUUAUACACAAAGUAGUACUUUUACUGCAGUGUGAAAAAUAUAUAAGAGCUGAAUGCAUCACAGGGAGUCAUUUGAUUCAAUGGCAGUAUAUAAAAAUAUACCUUAUCAGAGCUUUAAUGCCUUGCAGAUGUGAGCUGCAGACAUCACCUUGGGUUCUGGUAAAAACUGGUGGAGAUUUAACAUUUAAUAACAUUUUGUAAGACGAUAAAAUAGUUAAAAAGGUAGAUUCACGGAUAAUAAAGACAAUAGAUGAAUAUGAAUGGUUGCAGGAUGCAGAUGUCUCUCAGCGCAGGCGCGGUUCAUUGUGUUGCAUCAGGCGGAAGAAACAAUCCCACUUUUGCGCCAAUGAGCUGCGAGAGGAGGCUACGCGGAUUGUUACAGAGUUACCGUAUUUAACGAUCAUUUAUACGUUUUCAUGUUCAAUAUAUAGCCUAGUGUCGGCCCCAGAUUAUCUGGUAUGUUGCGGUUCACUUAAUAAAUAGAAAAAGUAGAAUAAUUUCGCUCGCGACGUAGUUGAUAAAAGUGACAGUCUAAACCACAGCCGCACGUGCUCCUCGCCUCUGACAACGGACGCAGACUAAAAACGUUUAUUGUCGACUUUCUCGGUUUCCUGUCAUCUCCCACGUUUCCUCUACCUCUUCGUUGACGACAUUUGCUGGUGUUCAGAUGGAGAAGCAGCCACUGCCAACUGAAGAUGAUAAGACAGAAACCACAGAGUCAGAGGUCAACGGCUAUGCUGGUGGGGAGAGCCAGGAGGCCUCGUCCGAGCCUGUCGCUCGAGCGGGAUGGAACAGUAAAAUAGAAUACUUUUUGGCUCAGGUGGGAUUCAGCGUCGGGCUCGGCAACGUCUGGAGAUUUCCAUAUUUGUGCCAUCAGAAUGGAGGAGGAGCUUUCCUCCUCCUGUAUGUGCUGCUGAUGAUGAUCGUGGGUAUUCCUUUGUUCUUCCUGGAGCUGGCAGCGGGUCAGGCCAUUCGACAGGGCAGCAUCGGGGUGUGGAGGUACAUUUCCCCCAGGCUGGCAGGGAUCGGCUACUCCAGCUGUGUGGUGUGUUUCUUUGUGGCUCUCUACUACAAUGUGAUCCUUGCAUGGAGUCUUUUCUAUCUUGGUCACUCAUUCCAGUACCCUUUACCUUGGAACCAGUGUCCGGAAUACAGGAAUGUAACAGUAAAAGAAUGUGAAAAGAGCUCCCCCACAUCGUACUUCUGGUACCGCAAAGCUUUGGAUAUCACAGACUCCAUUGACGACACAGGCUCUUUUAACCCUUACAUCGUCUGCUGUCUCCUGGUGGCCUGGACCAUCGUGUGCCUGGGAAUGUUCAAGGGUAUCAAGACCUCUGUCAAGGUGAUGUAUUUCUCCUCCAUCUUCCCCUAUGUGGUUCUGUUCUGCUUCCUUGUCCGAGGGCUCCUGCUGGAUGGGGCCUUAGAAGGAAUCACCUACAUGUUCUACCCAAAGCUGGAAAUUUGGGGAGACAUUCAGGUGUGGCGUCAGGCAGCCACACAAGUUUUCUUCGCCUUGGGUCUUGGCUUCGGGUCAAUCAUCGCCUAUUCUUCCUAUAAUCCCAAGAAUAACAACUGUCACCGUGAUGCCUUCACUGUCUCCUCUAUAAACUUCCUCACAUCUGUGCUGGCCACUCUGGUGGUGUUUGCUGUGCUCGGCUUCCGCGCCAAAGGCAAAGUCACAGAAUGCGUAGUCAGUAAUUUGAAGGAGCUAUCAGAGCUGGUUAGCAGCGGAAAUUUGCCCGAUUCCCUGUUGCCAAACUUCAGGUACACUGAUGAUCCCAGCUCUGUGGAUUUACAGGCCUAUAGGUCCUGGUUUCAACAGCAUGGAAAUAACAUCACUGGCAAUUUAACAGAUUGUGACCUUGAAAAAGAGAUGCAGAAGGGUGUGGAGGGCACAGGUCUAGCUUUUAUUGCCUUCACAGAGGCCAUGUCACUUCUGCCUGGAAGCCCUUUCUGGUCAGCACUCUUCUUCCUCAUGCUGCUCAACUUGGGACUCAGCACCAUGUUUGGUCACAUGGAAGGCAUCCUCGCCCCUCUCACCGACCGCUUCAAAACUCUGGCCAGGAACAAGAUCAAACUCACAAUUUUCAGCUGCAUUAUCGGCUUUCUGAUUGGCCUGCUCUUCACCCAGCGCAGUGGGAACUACUUUGUGACGAUGUUCGAUGAUUACUCUGCCACACUGCCCCUCAUUAUUGUGGUGGUCUUUGAGACCUUCAGUGUGUCCUGGCUGUAUGGAGCAGAUAGGUUCCUUGACGACAUUGAGGCAAUGUUGGGCUGGCGUCCCAGUGUAAUUUAUAAGUAUCUGUGGAAAUACAUCUGCCUGCUUGCUAUGCUGGGGCUUCUGGGAGCCACCGCCAUUCGCAUGUUCAUCACACGACCAACUUAUAUGGCAUGGAACCGAGAGAAGGCCUCUGAGGAGCACCUGGAGUACCCUGGCUGGGCUCUGGCUGUUCUGGCUUUACUCAUCAUAUUUGCCAUGAUGCCCGUCCCAGUGGCCUUGAUCCACGCUGUUCUGAAGGAAAGGACAAAGCAAACAUCCAGAGACACAGAGACUGGUCAGUACAGUAUCGUUAGCACUGAUGACAAGUGUGAAACUCCCAUGACUGACAUGUCAGAACUGGGCCAAAGGAAUGGGACUUGUGCUUCCCUUUCCUAAACAUUGGACUUGUAAAAUGUCUGUGGUCUGUGACCUGCAGUACCCAGUCAGAAUUUCAGUGGGCCAUUUUGUAUCUCUCCUCACUGCUGCUAUGGCACAGAGAUAAGCUGCAGUGUGUAAGAAAAGAUUCCUUAUUUUAAUAUUUAAAAACUUUUUUUUAUAUACUUAAAUGAAGUCCAAACGUAUCCAAAGGAUAUCACUUUUUUAAAAAUACUACUGUUCCAACAACUCCAGUGUGUAACAUGAAAAAGACUGGAACAAAUAAUUUAUUGCCGUAUGGUAAGUAAAAAGUGGAACUUCUAACAACUGCUGAGAGAGUUGUUGUCCAAAUGAGCAAAAUCAGUAUUUUAGUUUUCAGUAUAAGCCAUAGACAUCACAUCACAUUGUUCUAUAUUUCAAUUCACUUCACAUUUAUCAAAAAUAACCAACUGUUUUUUCAUUUCAUUAUUUCUACUUUGACUGUGAAUGUCCCAAAAAUCUGUUUUCCCAAACCAGCAACCUUAUACUUUUCAUUUUGUUGUCAAAAGAAUCACAACCUGCCACUGUCAAAAAUGUCCUCUGCAUGUGGACUCUAUCAAGCUCUUAUGUGUCCAUUUGUUUUUCUUUUUAACCUUAAUUGACUCUCUAAUUUUUGCAGCACCGUAAAUUAAGAUAACUACAAGUGCUGCUUUUUAUUGUCAGUUAGGAGUUGAGUCGAGCUGAGUUACAAGAAAAAAAAUGGUGAACCUGGAUUUAAACAGAACAAGUUUGGCAUCACUGUAUCUGUGCAGUAUGUACAGUGCAUGUGUCACUGCUCAGAUGCUGUUUAGUCCAACACUGCACCGGUGUUACUUAAGUCCAGGAAUAAUCAGGAUGGCCAGAGAGUGAGGGGAAGAUUCUGUUUAAGGAAAUGGACCAUCAUACUAUGCUACAUAUUUUCCUCAAAGCUAAGAAAUUACCGUAUACUACUGCUGCUACUAAGACUGUCAGACUGUUACACCAGGAAAGAGUUAAUUCAGUUAUGCUGAAUCAAAGUACAGACAUUAGCUACAGUAUUAUGCUAUUCACUACACAGAAGCCAUGUAACCAUGUUUACACCUCAACAGAGUCCUGAUUCACUGUGUUGGCUCUACAGUUUCAUAUUAUACCGUUCAUAUUCAGGUGAAUCAUGUAGCUACACAUGUAUGUUUCUCUGUUCAAACCAACUUGAAAUCCAACAGCUGAUUUAUAGUAUUUGAGCAUUCGGUUUGGUUUUACAAUUAUUGUCAUUUUAACAUCACUCUUGUCUUGUAAUUUCUAAAAGAUAUCAAGUUAGAUUGAAAAUUGUGAUCAUUCUGUCAUGUCCAUUUCUGUGAUUUAAGACCUUAGCAAAAAACAAAUCAUCAGCACUACAGUGUUGUAAAGAAUAGUAGCACAAGGAUUUUUUUUAUUACUUUUUUUUUUUCCUGAACCGGUUGGUCAAGAGACAGCAUGGUACAAACACUGAGGGGAAACUAAAAUUUGGAAUGUAAAUAUGUAUAUGAUGCAUGUAAAAACUCUUCAGGAUCAAAUGUUAUAGAAAAUUUGUGGGACUAUUUCAUUAUUUGUAAAUCAAAUUUGCAUGUUUGUUUGUUUGUUUUUUUUUUUUUAAGCUUGGUUAUAGGAGGAAACUAGAUUAUUUUUUAUUUCAAAAGGCUGUACAAAAACACUGCCCAGACAAAGUAAGAUGUAACUGCAACUACAUAUCGUGUAAUUAAGAUGUAGAUAUUGGAAAAUUCUUUUCUAGACUUGAGUCCAUGAUCAUCAUGGUUUUGUGUUUAAGUAGCCAUUUUUCUGAAGGUGCUGGGCUUUUUACAUUUUCAGUGGUUUACAAUCAAAAUGAACUGACUUUAUGACCUUAUGACCUUGAGUGCUGGUCAAUGUACCUGUAUCAACUCUAAGUGCCUUCAGAUUUAAUGAGGCUGAUUGAACAAAAUGUUAAAAGCAUUCCAGCAUAUGUAUAUUUUCUAAAAAAUGUUGGUAGAGUCACUUGUCAGUUGUGUAUGUAGUUUGUCUGUAUAAAAAUUAAUUUUUAAGGAAAUGUAAUAUAAUACCACUGUUAUGUAAUAUAUUGCCAUGCUUUUAUUAAACAUUUUCAGCACAGUAA